GUGCCCUCAAAUACAUCCACAAGUGUAUCAAAAGUUAAUGCAUCAUUGACCCAAUUUACAACUGCACCUAAAACUACACCUACAUAUACAAAUUCACCUACAAUCACAACUACAUUUACACCUUCAACUGCAUUAAAUGCUACUUUUCAUAAUAAAAGUUAUGAGAAUAUAUCUUUAGGUACUCCUAUAAAAAGUUCAUCUACAGCAACUAAAUCUAUAAUUAUUCCUCUUUCAGCUACCUUGGGAUCACUUUUGGGAAUUCUUCUUCUUUUUAUAUUUGUGUAUAGAGUAAGACAAAAUAGUCGUAUAAUUGCAUAUAUAUAUCUGUAUUUAAUUUAAUUAUUAAUUUUGAUUAAAAUUAUUAAAAUAAAAGAGAUAUAUUUUAUAAAUUUAAUAUUUUCUAUUUAUAUAAUAUUCACUCCCAUUGGCUCUUGGCUUGGUAAUCGUAGAUCAAAGAAAAAAAAAACACAGAGAAAAAAGAAGCAAGUACAGAUAGAUAAUGAAUCAAUAUUUGUAGGAUUUUCCGAUAAAGAAUCAGAGAUCAAUAUGAAAAACUUUCCAAUAUGUAAUGAGAAAAACAGUUCCACAUGCGAAAUUGCAUUGGAAAAUGAAAAUAAUGAAAGAAAUAUGGAAACAAAAAGUAAUAUUGCAGAAAGAAGGAAAAAGUGGGAAUUGAAUAGAAGAGAAUUUCUAAAAAUUUGUUUGGAAGAAUUUAAAGAAGAAGGCAUAUAUUCGGAUGUAAUUAAUAGACACUUAAUUAUGGAAGGAGAUCAAGAAAAAAUUGCUAGUAUUUUUUUAGAACAAAGGCCACUAUGGAAAAUAUGGAUGGAAAGGAACAAUAAAUUGAUAGAGAAAUGGAAAAAGGAGCAGUGGUUUAAAAAUUUAAAGAAAGAAUGGAAAAAAGAGGUAAAUAAAUAUAUAACAUUGAUAGAAAAAGAAGAGAUGAUGAAAAACAAAAAAAAAGGAGCAAUUAACCCCAUGCUAGAGAAACAAAAAAUAAUAUGGAAGAAAUGGAUACAAAAGCAAAAUAAGUUGCAUACUUUUGAUGACGAAGAAUUGUUAAAACAAUUGUUAGUAGAAUAUGAAACAGAAGAAAAAAUGAAAAAAAAUGUGGAAACAAUAGAUAGAGAAAAAAUAAUAGAUAUAGAGAAGGACAAAGCAUUUAAGGAUUCAAACAAAAAUGAAUUAGUAUCAAGAUUAAAGAUAGAGAUACACAUGAUGGUAUUAGACGAAUGCAAAAAAGAGGAAUGGAUAAGGAACAAUAAAGAAUUUUUUAAAACAUGCAUAGGAGAAUUAAAAUUACAGGAUAAUUCCGAUGAAAAAGAACUUUUAGAAGUGGAAGAAGAAAUAAUGAAAAGCGAAGUAAAUAAAGAAAUCUUAUUAGGAGUUAAUGAAGAAAGAAUUAAAAAUCCCAUGUUACAAAAGCAAAAGAUUAUAUGGAAGAAACAUUGGGAAGAGAUACGUAAAAAGCUAGAGGAUGAAAAUAAGAAAGAGUGCUUUAUAAAAUUGAUGGAAGAAUUAAAGAAAAAAGAAACCAAUAUAAAAGAAAUAGAUAAAAUUAAUAAAGCAGAACAAAAUAUAAAAGAAGAUGAAAUUGAAGAGGAAAAAAAAAAAGAAAAAAAAAUGAAACAUAUGGAAGGAAAGAUAGAAGUAAGAAAAAAGAGUAAUUAUAUGACAUUAAGAAGGAAGCCGAAGAGAAAAACUAUAAUAGAAAUACAUAUGAUGAUAAUGCAGGAUUGUAAAAAAGAGGAGUGGGAAUUAAAUAGAGUAGAAUUUUUAGAAAUCUGCUUGAAUGAAUGGUUAAAAAACGAGGAAAUAAUUGAAAAUAUAAUGGACAAAGAAGUCAUAUUAAGAAAAGAAAAAGAAAAAAGUAAUGUAGAAUUAGAAAAGCAGAAGAUGCUAUCAAAGAAAUGGACAGAAAGAAAAAUAAGGCUAUUGGAAAAAUGGGAAAAGGAAGAAUGGUUUAAAAAUUUGAAAGAAGAAUGGAGAAAGGAGGAAAAUAUGUAUGCAGAAACAAAAGAUAAAUUAGAAGUCAUGGAUAGACAAGAUAAAAUAGAGAAUGAUCCCAUAUUAGAGAAGAGAAAAGAAAUAUGGAAGAAAUGGUUACAGAGACAGAGGGAGACAUUUAUGGAUUAUUAUAGGGAGGGAUGGUUUAAAAAAUUGUUAGAAGAAUACGAAAAGGAAGAACAUGAAUUUAUAAAAGAUGAAAACGGGAAGAAUGUAGAAGGAAAAAAAAAAAACUUAGAAAUUGAGAUAAGAGAAGUAGCAAUAGUAGGCAUAAGGAAAGAUGUAAAUGAGAAGAUAAAAAAAGAAAGAUUAAUAUCUAAUAUGUGUGCAGAGAUACAUAUGAUGGUAUUAGACCAGUGUAAAAAGGAAGAGAUAGAGUCCAUGACAGAUGAGUUUCUUAAAUCAUACAUAGAACAAAAGAAAAAGCAUGAAGGAUUUCUUGAACAAGAAAUGGGAAAUAAGAAAAUAGAUGAAUUAGAAAAAGAAAGAGAAAUGAAUAUUAUGAUAGAGAAGAAUAAAGAAAAAUGGGAGUGUUGGAAAAAAGAGGAGUGGUUUCAGGAGUUGAAGUUGAAUUGGAAAAAGGAAAUGAUACAUAUGAAAGAAAUAACAGAUAAUAUAAGAGAAAAAGUAAUAAAUCCAAUGCUGGAAACACAAAUAAUUGAGAAACAGUGGCAAGAGAGGCAAAGGAAUAUUUUAAAGAAAUGGAAUAAACAAAAUAAAAAUGAAAGGUCUAUGAAGAACAAAGAUGAAGAAACAAUAAAAGACAAAAAUGAUGAAAACGAUUUAAAAAAAUGGGAUAUUACAAUAUUAUAA